UGUGCACGCGAAAGGCAACAAGUCCAAGGCUGGUGACAGCGGCCGGUCGCAGCUCUGACAAAACUAUUUAGAGAAUAAUUAGAGAGGCUUUGUUGACUUAAAAUGUGUCAUUAAACUGUGAGGGUUGAUGUGCAGCAAAGUUUGUCUCGACUUUUGGAGCGCGUCGUUCGAUGGCACGGCAGAAAAGAACAUUAGAAGUUGAAUGGGAAGAAUGGAACGCAAGUCACCCAUAGAUUUACGCUUGACCAAAAAAAAGCUGCGCCAGUAAUUUGCUGCUUGUGGAUAUGACGGCGUGAGUGCGGCUUCACAGGCUGGACUUGAAACCGAGCCCAUGUGAAAUGGUUUGGACCUGGACUACAAGCUGGGAGGACAUCACUUGACGCGGAUGAGCGUGAGAACAAGCACAGUCCAUCAUGAGGAUUUUGACUUUACUAUGCGCCAUGGUCGGGCUGUGGGGGUCCACCGAUGCCAACAGAAACUGUCCGGACCUGAUCGUGGACAGCUGUCAGUGUUUGGCCGAGAGGUCCAAAGACCUCAGCAGGCAGCACGUCCGAGUCAAAGUUGUGUGUGAUGAUGUGGACCUGAUGGAGACACUACACCCAAGCUUUUUACCUAACAGAACCUUCUCACUAAAUCUGAGUAACAACAAGAUCACUGUGCUGAGGAACGGAUCCUUCUAUGGCUUGGCAUCUCUGGAAAAACUGGAUCUGAAGAAUAAUCUGAUAAGCACAGUAGAGCCUUGGGCCUUCCGUGGUCUGCUGACUUUGAGGAGAUUGGACCUGUCAAACAACAGAAUAGGUUGCCUCUACUCUGAAAUGUUUCUGGAUCUGGGCAAUCUUUUAAAAUUGAAUUUAUCUGGGAAUAUCUUCUCCACUUUGACAGUGGGACUCUUCACACACCUUGUGGCUCUCAGAGUACUACACUUCAAUACAGAUACUUUAUUCUGUGACUGCCAGCUGAAGUGGCUUCUCUUCUGGGCUCGAAGCAAGUCAGUGAGGAUUGGCAACGACACGGUAUGCGUGUUUCCAACCCACCUCCAUGGCCUGGAAUUUCGCAAUCUUCGAGGACAGCAGCUCACAUGUGAUGGAGCUCUGGAGAUUCCUCUCUUUCAUUUGAUCCCUUCCCAGAGGCAGCUGGUUUUCCAGGGAGACCGUCUGCCUCUUCAGUGCACUGUCACUUACUUGGACCCUUCAGUUGAGCUGCGAUGGCAUCACAAUGGCAACACCGUGUCCACGCAAGAGGACCGAGGUGUUUAUGUGGAGGAAACCUUGCUUCAUGACUGUUGUCUGCUUACCAGUGAGGUCAUCCUCGCCAACAUCGACGUGGGCCUUGCUGGCACCUGGGAGUGUCUCAUGACUAGUUCCCGAGGCAACAGUUCUCGACAGAUGGAGAUAGUUGUACUAGAAAUGUCUGCGCCAUACUGCCCUGCUGACCGAGUCACCAACAACAAGGGGGAGUUUAGGUGGCCCAAGACUCUAGCGGGCAUCUUGGUCUUCUUACCUUGCGCUCCCUCCACCUUCGGUUCUGCCCCUCACCCAUUGGGCAACACUCCACAGUUCUCCAGCCAUAAGGAGAAGAAAGCAUGGCGGCGCUGUGACCGGACCGGACGGUGGGCUGAAGAAGAUUACACUCAGUGCCCUUAUGCCAGUGAAUUCACACGUGUGCUACAUGAGCUCACCCAGAUAACCGUGAACACCACCAACGCUCAGCCUUUGGGCCAGCAAUUAGUGGCCUUUACCAGCAGGGCGGCUCACUUUACUGAUGUCAUGGAUGUCAUCUUUGUUACGCACCUAGUCGAGAGACUGACCAGGCUGGUAAAGAAGCGCAAGGAACUGGGCGACUAUAUUUCAGAGAUAGCCAGCAACAUGAUGCUGGUAGAGGAGCAUAUCCUGUGGAUGGCCCAGAAUGAAGCAAGAGCAUGCACACGGAUUGUUCAGUGUGUGGAGCGCAUUGCUGACCUGGCAUUGACUGGAGACAAUCACGCCAUUUCUAAGGUCUCUGCUAACAUAGCUCUGGAGGCAUUUAUGAUACGACCCUCCAACUUUCUUGGCCUGUCUUGCACGGCACUGCAGCAGCCUCCAUUGUCUACCACGUUGCCCUUACUGGAAAGCCUUGCCCCCAAGUACAAGGAUACAAAACGACAACAUGACACCAUGGGCGAAUCGUUCCUCAACUUUAAAUGUGACACAAUAAAUCGAGGCUCACCAGCCAGUCAUCUCAGCAUGAACUCCGUGGCAUUCGCCUCCAUCCAUUUACCUCUAGCUGCUCCGCACACCUCCUCCUCUGCCUUGCAAUCUGUUGAUAACUCCACUUGCAGGCUGCAGUUCAUCGUAUUCCGCAAUGGCAAACUCUUCCCGUGCACGGGGAAUUCGUCCAAUCUCGCGGAUGAUGGGAAACGCAGGAGCGUGUCAACACCAGUUGCUUUCACCAAAUUAGAUGGCUGCAGCCUGGGGAGCGCCGUGCACUCCGUCACAAUUGCACUCAGGCACUUCGCAUUGGGGCUAGAGCCCACCGCAGCCUAUUGGGACUUUGACUUGCUGGAUGGACAUGGUGGCUGGAGGGCAGAGGGUUGCCACAUAACAGGCUCUGGUGGAAACACGACCACCAUUCACUGCACCCAUCUUAAUAACUUUGCCGUGCUCAUGGAUCUGAAGAAGGUGCUGUCUUUCCCCCCAUACCCAGCGGAGUUUUUGCACCCGGUCGUGUAUGCCUGCACGGCGGUCAUGCUGCUCUGCCUCUUUGCCUCCAUCAUCACAUACAUAGUGCAUCACAGUGCAAUCCGCAUCAGUCGGAAGGGAUGGCAUAUACUUCUCAACUUCUGCUUCCAUACGGCUCUGACCUUUGCUGUGUUUGCCGGCGGCAUCAAUCGAAUCAAAUAUCCCAUCAUAUGUCAAGCAGUCGGGCUUGUGCUGCACUAUUCGUCUUUAGCGACCAUGCUGUGGCUCGGGGUGACAGCGAGGAACAUUUAUAAGCAGGUGACUAAGAAGCCUCUACAGAGCCAAGACGGUGACCCGCCUAGACCCCCUAAACAGCCACUGUUGAGAUUUUAUUUAGUGAGUGGCGGAGUGCCCCUCAUCAUCUGUGGGGUCACCGCAGCUGUCAGUCUUGACAACUAUGGAAGCGGGGAGCAAGCACCAUACUGCUGGAUGGCCUGGGAGCCAAGUCUGGGAGCUUUCUUCGGCCCAGUGGCCCUCAUCGUCCUGGUGACAUGCAUCUACUUCCUCUGUACCUUCAUCCAACUGCGCCGCCACCCUGAAAGAAAGUAUGAGCUUAAGCAGCUAACCGAAGAGCAACAAAGGUUGGCCUCCGUCGACGUGCCGACUCAUUGCCAGCAGGCAGCUGAGCCCGGCGCCCCGACGGGCCAGCCUACCGGGAGCCACUGCCCUGCCGGUUGCCCGGGUGUCCCAAUUAAUCCAGCCCUGCUGGCAAAUGAGCACUCCUUCAAGGCCCAAUUACGCACAGCGGCCUUCACGCUUUUCCUGUUCCUGGCCACAUGGACUUUUGGCGCACUGGCCGUAUCACAGGGUCAUUUCCUGGACAUGAUCUUCAGUUGCCUGUACGGUGCCUUCUCUGUCACGCUUGGCCUCUUCAUCCUCAUUCAUCACUGUGCCAAACGGGACGAUGUUUGGCAUUGCUGGUGUUCUUGUUGUCCUGGAAGGCGAGCCAACAGCACCUCCGGUGCUCAUGGGGCGGGCCAAGCGCCACCAAAAGUCAACGUAAAUGGAGAUACCCCUUCGCACGGCCAUGGUCACAGUCACUGCCACCAUGAGUCGCCAUGUAAGGCUGUGAUUACCUGUAGUCAUGCCAGUGUCAGUCACUGUAAACAUGCUGCCCUUCCAUCAUCACAAAAUCAUGUAACCUGUCUAACACCUGUGACUCCAUGUUGCGCUGCCUUGCAUAGCCAGCAACUCAUGGAGGAGGAACCGACUGCUACACACGUGCUGCUUCAUGCUAAUCCAGAGGGCUAUCGGCCAGGCAUCCAGUUGCACCCCUGUUUGAAAAGCAGCAGCAGGACUAAAGGCCGCCAUUUUAGCCGCAGGUCUGCAACCAGUGUUUGUGUUCCGGGGAGUGAGAGAGAAUACGCCUAUCAUAUCCCCUCCAAUGUCGAUGGCGGCAGCGUGCACAGCUCACACACUGACAGCCCUCACAGCACCCAUGAGCGUCACAUCCACACUUGUCCACAUCAGGUCCACGAGGUCCUCCACGAGGGGCAUCAUACGUGCCACACGGCAGCAGCGGCCGCGCAUGAGACCCUCGCGUGCCAUAAUCCCUGCCAUCGGCACAUGUGCUGCGCCAAGGCGGACAUUUUCCCUUCCCUGUGCCCGUCAGAGGCAGCCGAUGCAGGAGUGUUCCUAUGCGGGUGCAGCAAAGUGGCCGAGGAGGAGCCAAUCACGCAUCACCAUUUGGAAAUGCACGCCCCGCGCAGACAAUCUUAUCCCCAGAAUCCACCCAAUCAGAAUGGGAUUCUAAAGGGCGGCUUGCACGAGGGACUCCUUUAUAGCUCAGACAGUACGGGAAAUAUACGCACUGGACCCUGGAAGAAUGAAACUACUGUGUAGUCCGGGAUGGAUCGAGGCGGCAGCGCCAUUUCAUGCCACCAAAAACAACCACAAAAAAAAAACAAAAAAAAAAAAAAAACACUUGUCCCCCAGAAUAUUAAAAACUUGUAAACAUCUCAAUCAUUGUGGGAUAAUGUCUUCAUAUUUGUAUGUGUGCUCCUUUACUGGACAGAAAUCUGCCAUAUAAAGUUCUCCCCGAAGAACGCCCAUUCACAAAACAAUUUAUUCCAUCAAGAUAAAUAUAUGAACAUGUCAGAAGAUACACGUGAACACAGGAUGUCACCACUCUUUCGCAUCACUCCGGAUAUCUGUACACAUAAAAGAAAUUGAAUGGCUGUAUGGAUGGAUAUUAGUGUUAGUGCUCAAAGGCAACAAGCUGCAAGAUUUUUUUUUUUUUACCCUUUGAGCCUGAAACCAUCAACUGAUAAAAUGAACCAAAACCAAACUUUAAAGAACUCAUAGCAUCCAUGUUUUAGACGAUUAAACCAGCAAUUUUCACUUUU